AACAUAGAAAGCAGAAUGAAUCCCAAGAGCGAGGUCCUGGUUGCUGCUGUGCUGCUCCUUCUGAUGGCCUGCGUCCAGUGUCAACUGACAUUUUCGCCUGACUGGGGCAAGAGAUCUGUGGGUGGUGCCAGCGGCGGGUCAGGAUCCUUCUUCGAGUCCUCCCAAGGCAACUGCAAAACCUCCAACGAAAUGCUCCUCGAAAUCUUUCGAUUUGUUCAGUCACAGGCUCAGCUCUUCCUUGACUGCAAGCACCGGGAAUAGAAACAGGAUUCCAAUUCGGAUCUCGGAUAAUGUCUAGCACACACACACACACAUACACUAUCUAUAUACCCAUGUAUCUAUAUAUAUAUUUAUAUUCGCACGUUAUCGAGGUAGUCGUAGUCGGCAUUUAGAUUUAGAGGAAUUUCCGUUUUCGAACAAUAAAUAAGCGCAUCCAAAAUGUAA